UGUUCUUGGAAAGCCCCACCUAACAAUGAAAAUGGUGAAAAAGCUAUAUAUUUUAUAAUUCAUUGUCAACAAUUGUCACCUACCCCAUUUGCCUAUAUUUACAAACUAGCCAAGCUUAUCCCUCUUCAAUCUCAUCACUCCAUGGCCAUGCUUAGAGCUUUCAGCACAAGAAGAAGCCGUCUUGGCUAUGAACGGUUACUUGAAGUUGAUGAGGAUGUUACGAGCACCGGCCAGUUCGAAGCACAGUUGAAGAGGGCUCGAAGCGUGCCUGCCAGAGUUUUUGGUUUAUCAAGAAAGUUUACUUCUGAAAUAUUGGCCUUGCCAGAGAAUCAUCGAGUGGAAUCCUCUUCAUCGACUAACAAAAAGGUUACUUCCAAGUCCAAGAGUAUUAUUCACCCACUUUUCAGCCUCUUCGAUGUUCGUCGUAAGAAGAAACCAACAGCAAAACCAGAAUUUGGUAGGUAUAUAGAGUAUCUGAAGGAAGGAGGGAUGUGGGACAUGAAUGCUAAUAUGCCUGUCAUGUACUACAAAUGAUCAAGUGCUCUAUUUUGUUUGCAAAUAACACAAUCAAACCCAGAAUUUGUAGCAUGGCCGUCAACUAGUAUUUUGAUUUUACAUUAGUUGAUUCAAUAUGUAGUUAAGCUUCCAUUGAUUUUUGCAGUUCCAUAUAUGGGUUAUUUCAACAGUCAACUCUAGUUUUCCCAAA